UGGAGAGUCAGCUUCCUUGUCUCUGCUUCCCUGCUCCGCAGAAGCCCCAAGCACAGAGAAUUCCUGCCAAGAAGUUGAGGGGAUCUGGCACCCUGCCAGGGCCAACGUAGUAAGAAAUUUCCAGAGAAAAUGCUCCCCCUGGUGAGGACCAUGUUCCUGUUUCCAUCGCUCCCUCUGCUUCUCCUGAGCAUGGUGACAGCAUCUUGCUCAGAAACAGGAUGCUGUGAGAACGACCAAAAGACCUGCCCUGUGAUUGCCUGUGGUUCUCCAGGCCUCAACGGCUUACCAGGCAGAGAUGGGAGUGUUGGCGCCAAGGGAGAAAAGGGAGAACCAGGCCAAGGGCUCAGAGGCUUGCAGGGCCCUCCUGGAAAACUGGGGCCUCCAGGAAGCCCAGGACCCCGUGGGUUACCAGGAGUACAGGGCCAAAAAGGAGACAAUGGAGAAUGUCCAGAUCAUGAUCAGAACCUAGCUGCUUCAGAAAGAGCAGCUCUGCGAGCAGAUUUGGACCGUAUCAAAAAGUGGAUGAUCUUCUCUCUGGGCAAAAAUGUUGGGCAGAAGGUCUUCUUUACCAAUGGUGAAAAGAUGUCCUUCGACAAAGUGAAGGCUCUGUGCACCCACUUCCAAGGCUCUGUGGCCACCCCCAGGAAUGCUGAAGAGGACAAGGCCAUCCAGGAGGUAGCCAAGGGAGACACCUUCCUGGGCAUCACAGAUGUGAAGACUGAAGGCCAGUUUGUCGAUCUGACAGGAAGUGCGCUGACCUAUGAAAAUUGGGGCAGCGGUGAGCCCAACGAUGCUAACUCUGGGGAAGACUGUGUGAUGCUCCGGACGGAUGCCAAGUGGAAUGACGUCUCCUGCUCCGUCUCCCUUUUGGCAGUCUGCGAGUUCCCUGUUAAUUAA